AUGUCAAUAAUGUGGUAUAACAGAGCCCUGUUUAGCCACGGCGUACGUAGAUUCCGGGCUAGUAACAAAGAUAAUCUUGAAUUCGAUAAUGAGAAUACUUCGCAGAUAACGCCGGAGCUGGCAGCAAUUCUUCAUAAAUGGCCGGGAGGUCAGGUCGAACUUGAAUCCAAGGGAGAUGUUGCACGACUUCGGCUGAAUAGGCCGGAGAAAAGCAACUGCUUGUCGGGAGAGAUGAUGUUUCAACUUGGUGAGAGAGUACAGGAACUGACAACAUUGUCCUGUGGUGUGCUGGUUGUCGAAGGAGCUGGGGGAUCAUUUUGCAGCGGAGGCGAUCUUGGAUUAAUUGAUGAGCUAUGCAAUAAUUCGCUUGGGCCAGCCAUGUUUCGUUUCAUGUCCUCUUCCUUGGCCGCGAUCCGUUCAUCUCCGCUAGUGAGCGUUGCUCGAAUUCAUGGACACUGUCUGGGUGGAGGAACCGAAAUAGCAUCACCGUGUGAUAUCCGGUUGGCGCACAAAGAUGCCAAAAUUGGAUUCAUGCAAUCCAGGUUGGGAAUCGUUCCGUCAUGGGGUGGAGCGAACUUCCUAGCGCCUAUUGUCGGUCGAAGCGUGGCCAUACGUCUUUUGACUACAGCGGCGAUGCUAACUGCCUCUGAGGCGAAGGAUAUCGGCUUCGUCGACGUUGUGUAUGAAUCCGACGAGGAAUUCGAGGUACGCAUUUGCUCCACUGAAAAAUGCCUUCGUCGAAAACCAAACGUCUUGCAGAAAUUCAUUUCGUCUAUGCUGAAAAGUGGACCGGAUGUAUGUCGAGCUCAGAAGGCUAUGCUCAAUGCCAUAGAAAGUGGCAAGGAAGACAAUAAGCUUGAUGUGAUUCGCUCUGUUUGGGGAGGACCAGCUCAAAAGAAUGCCAUAAUGAAGCAAAUGAAGGCGAUUAGUAACAAGAAAUGA